UCUAAAUUAUAUAUUUUUUGAAGGGUAUUUUUUUUUUUACGGUAUUUACGCGAUGAUCACGUGCGUCAGUGGGGUAGUCCUUAAAAGAACUGUUUUUGUCGAAUGAGCCAGGAGAUCCGUGGAUGUUUGGCUGUCGGUUCGAUGCUAUUUGGUUUCGUGUAUUCAUUGUUUGAUCCGUGGAAAAAUCUUUGAGAGAUUCGGAAAGCAGACCAGGAAUACACUACUCACAGGGGAGACCUCGAGAAGUUUUCUAUGGAUUUAACGUACAAUAGUGUUCAAUUAUCGGCUUCCAUAGGAGCCUUAAUAUGACUGCAGUAAAAUUUUCAAAGAAGUGACGACACCUUAUCAAUACACAUUGAUCGGCACGUACUUACGCCCCGUAGAAGAUAAGGAAUGGCAUCACUGUUGAAACGUUACCAACGUUUACGACCGUCGAGCAACAACAAGAUUCUUCAUUCAUUCGAUUCGUGUAUGUUGAAGUGCAUUUUGGAAUAACUUUGUGUCACCUACAACUCCUAAUACACCCACGGACAACUGCGAAUCAGUGACUGAUGGCCAACCAAGAUUAUCAAAUUAUGCUGGACAGUUUCCAAACUAACCACUUGAAAAUAUUAUUGGGAGCUUUUGGUCGAAGUAUAGCAGGACGAAAAUUUGAAUUAAAAUAUCGGGUCUUAGAAUUAUUAAGAAGUAAAUCACCUGGCUUUAACCGCGCGGAAUUUAUAUCAAAAAUACAUGAAAUAUUUCGUUCCAUGGUAAUAGUAAUGCCUAAAAAUAAUGCUAUUAUGAAGCAAGGCUUAUUACAAACCCAACAGAGACAAAUGACAGGGCAGAUACAGGCCCCACAACAAAGAAUGUACCAACCUGCCCCACUAUAUCCUCAACAGCCAAUGAAUAUGACCCGAGGUGAAUCACCACAGGUUAUGCCCCAAAUUCAAAGAGGCAUUUACUGUAAUCCAGUUAGAGCAAAUACUAUAGCUAACAAUAACAUUCAAUAUACAUCGGGCAGUUAUCAGCCUUCUGGACCUCGUUCUAUUACGUCAUCUAAUUUGUCCUCAAGUCAACAAAUGAAUGUGGUGUCACAAGAUCCAUUGGGAUAUGAUAUGCGCGGAAUGACAGUUGGAAAUAAUUCUUAUACUCCAUCUCCUGAAACUGUUGCCCAAAUCAAGUUCAAAAAAUUACCAUUUUAUGAGGUAAUUGACGUUGUUCUUAAGCCAACUUUUCUAGCUGGCACGAACAAAUGUUCAUUCCAAAACGUUCCUAAAGGUAUGAAAGAAGCGGAAUUCAAACUUUUUGUGCCAACCGAGGCCAUCAAUAUUGUUGCCAUGAAUCGUGAUAUUUCUUCGGGGAAACAGGAUUACCCUUAUCAGUUCCAGAUUCGAAUUAGUCAGUUAGUGGAACCUAUGAGUAACGAGGUAACAGAUUUUAUGCCUCUUGGACUACACAUUCGGCUUGAUGGAAAAACAUGUCCAUUACCACCUAAGACUGAUACUCGGCCAGGAGCUGAAUCCAGACGAUCUCCAAGACCUAUAAAUUGCACUCAACUGGUCAAACUUUCUCCAAUCACUCCCAACAUAAUAAAAAUAAACUGGGUAGAUACCCUAAAUUAUGUUAUGUCUAUGUAUCUAGUAAAAAGAAUAAGUUCAGAAACAUUGAUACAAAGACUUCAAGAUAAAGGAGGUAGGAAUUCAGAAGAAACCAAAAAAUAUAUAAUUGAAAAGUUAGCAGAUGUCGAUCCAGAUUUGGCCACUACAUCUUAUCGAUUUUCCUUGGUGUGUCCAUUGAGUAAAACUAGAAUGAAGAUACCUGCAAAAUCUAUCCAUUGUGAUCAUUUACAAUGUUUUGAUGCCAGUACAUUUAUUUUGAUGAAUGAGAAAAAACCAACAUGGAUGUGUCCAACAUGUAAUAAAGCUUGUAUGUAUGAUGACUUACAAAUUGAAAAUUAUUUUUUGGAAGUUGUUUCAAGUCCAAAACUCAAAGAAAGCAGUAAGGAAAUUGAAUUUUUAGCUGAUGGCACAUGGAUAGUUUUUAAAGAAAAGAAAAAGACAAAAACCACAAAUAGUACUUUUAAUGCAAAUUUAAAACCUAUCAAUUUUGUGAAUUUAGAUAGUGAUGAAGACAUAUCCGUUGAUUUAAAAGUAGAACAUAGCUCUGAAACUGUCAAACACCAAGAAAAUGUAAACUUAAAUGUUGUUGAUUUGACAUUAAGUGACGAUGAAGAAGAACCACCAAAGCAAAAAAUUAAACAGGAAAAUGAGGCACAGGCUUCUGAUGCUAUACAACCAGUUGCCAUAGUUGAUUCAAAACCACAAGCUCAAGUACAGCCACAACAAGCUACCAGUUCUGAGCAAGGUGUAGUAAUUGAAAUAGACAGUCCAUCCCCUCCUUCAAGUCCUAUCUCUACAACUGAAGCCUCCUAAUUUUUAUUAUUAUUGUAAUUAAAUUAAUUUUAAGAAUCAUUAAUUUUUAACAUUUUUAUGAUGUACAAGUUUUACCCAUAUA